AUGACCGAAGUGGAAACGGAGAGGACCCACUUUGACAUGUCCUCCAAUGAUCUGAUCAGAAGUAUAGUAGAGGACCUUUUCUCAUACAGCUCUUUGCGUUGGGAACGAGUGUUGCAAUACUACUUUUUUGAAGACGUCAUUCUUACAACGCCCAUCCUAUCUACUGAAGGUGUCAAUAACGUCCAUUUCGUUUAUACCCUAUGUCAAGCGUUGAAUCGGCAAGCACCCACCAUCGAAAACAUUGUAUUUGAUACGAGGCGAACAGCUGUGGUGCACCUUACACUCAACGUGUCUCCCUGUAUCCUUCCAUCCUUUCUGAGACUCCGGAUCCCUGUGGUGACAACGCUGCAUUUUCGCAAAACAGAACCAGAGAGUGGAUUGUUAAAGAUUUACCAUCAAGAGGAUAGUUGGACUUUGGAAGGACUACUUCAAGCGUUACCAUUGAUCUCGUUUUGGUAUACCCAUAUCUUCAGGGUGAUGAUGGGGCUGCUGAUGACAACCUUGGGUGACCUAUUGGAUUCUGCACUUGGUCAUGCUCAAAAAAUGUCCGCACGAGGUCGAGAAAUCCAACGUCAAAGCCGUGAUUUGGCUCUUGAAUUGGAUGAGUACAGAGCCAACCUGCAUGAAAAUUAUCUCGAUCGCAUUCGCAGUUGGCGCCAAGAACAACACACCACCCACCAUCAUGAGAAUAGCUUUGAUACCUUUUUGCUCUACCCAGCAAGUCGACAAGAUGGCCCAUCAUCUCGAUACCAACCACAGCAAUAA